UCAACAUUAAACAUGGUGGUGAGUAAUUCUCGCUUACUUGGUUUUGCAGCUUUUACUGGUGUAGCGUGUGUUACUGGUAGUUUAUAUUGUCAAUAUAAGAUUCGGGAAGGAUUGAAAAAGGGAGACUACUAUAAAAAAUCUUUAGAUAUUCUCAAGCAACACAAUGCUGCCAUGCAACUUUUGGGACCGCCUAUCAAGCAAGGAAAUCUGGACCUUGGAGAUACUGUUAAUAACAUGGUAGACGGCUAUCGAGCUAAGUUAGCUGUUCCUGUUCUAGGGCAGAAGCAAAAAGGAAAAUUAUUCUUGUGGGCAGAGCGAGAAAAACCUGGAGAUUCGUGGAAUGUACAGAAAUUAGAAUUAUCACUCGAAAACUCUGAGUUUGAUGGUCGAAGACUUGUAGUGUAUAAAAGUGAAAAUAAUGAAAAAAAUUAAAUUGUAAAAGACUUAUUUCUCAGUUAUUGACUCGUAAGUUGUAGUUAUACCAAGUUAUAGAGUUAGAGUUGCGAAUAUAGUCUUGACACAAGCCUUUACAUAAAACAUUGAACCAAUGGCUUUAAGCCUAACCUAAUACUACUAUUAUUAAUAGUAACAGUACUACUAAUACUAAUAGCAGAAUUUUCAUCUUGAAAGUUGAAUGUAGUACUUAAAUGGUUACAAUGUUUAGUUUACCAACAGUAUAAGGGAUAGUUUGAUUUUUCUACUCUGAACUUAAUCUACAGAGUUGUUCUAAUGGCUUAAGUGAGGUACCAGUUGACAAGAAAGUAACUUAAAUAAUAAUAUUUUAUUUUCAUGUACGGUGGUUGACUUGAAGAAACAACAAUGACGGAAGGACUUUAAUAAUUUAAUUUUCAUGUCUAUUAAUAAGAUGUAUAAAAAAAUCUGUUUCAAACAUGAAAUUGAAUCAAUAUUUCUGUAGUGUUAAUUUGUUUCAUUGUUAGUUAUUGGUUUUGUUUUAGUGAUUUUCUUUAAUAUUUUUACAAUAAAAAUGUUAGAGCAACAUGGGGUAAACUACAGUAUGGUAGGUCUUAUAAUAGGAAUAGGACAGGUACACAAAACAUGCAAUACAAACUAUUUACACCUUCAACAACUAAAUAAUAAAUCUUCAAAAGUAUUUAAGAGACACCUUUAAGUGAUAAACGAACCACAUAAAAAAUUACAAGUUAUAGAACCACUUGAGAAAGUCAGCAGAGCAGAUACAAAAAAUUCACAAAACCACAAAUUUCUCAAUCUCACUGACUGACAUUACUGAACGCUUCUAGCUGUGUAACAAACAGAAUAACCAUAGUUAUAAGUGGACCAAAUAGAACAAUAGCACAGGGACCAUAUGCCAACAUGAAGUAGUAAUUAAUUUAA